GUUCAGUUUGUUUUAACGAGUUUUUUCAUAUAUUUUUCAAAAUAAUUUAUAAACAAGAUAUUUAUAGAAAACAAGAAAUAGCAUUUAUUCUAGGGGCACAAAUUGUUUAUGAAAAUAUAUAUAUUCUAAAAGAACAAAAUGGAAAAACUUUCAAACCGAAGUAAUAACAAGGACGCAAAUGAUAAUACUAAGAAAUCAGAUAUAUCCCAAAAAAAAUCUAUUGGAGAUGAAUCCCACAUGGACAAAAACUACCAAUCGAGAAUGGACUUAGACGGACUGGAUCAUGCUCUGAAAACACUCAUAAUAACUGAUGAAUUGGAACCUUUUACAUUACGAUCGAUAUCUCCAAGUGCAUUUUCACUGUCUCCAAUAGAAGUUGAAAGCUUUUCUGAAAAUGAAUAUAGCGAAGAAGAUGAAUAUGUUGAAAGUGAAUCUUCAGAAGAAAGUUGCACAGAAAUUUCUGUAGAAUUUAUAAACAAAUGCAUUGCUCCUCUUGAUUGUGAACAAUACAUUGGUUCACCAAGAAAAUUGGAUACGAUUUUAGAAGGAGUCUAUUUGGAGACGCCGCCUAAAAAGAGAAAUAUAUUGCUAAGAAAAAUUUAAGUAUAAAUACUAAUUUUUUUACAUAUAUAUAUAGAAUGAUUAUGUUUUUUGAAUCAUAUUUUAUAUCUACUGUUUGGCUGUGCUGAACAACUAUAUUUUCGAAAU